AAGAAGUCAAGAGUCAAGAGAGCCAGAUGCAACCCACAUCAACACACCCAAAUCUUCCUGUAUAUAACUCUUUUGUUGGUAUAGAGCUUUAUCAGAGAGUAAUAAGUUGAGGUGGAACUGGCGUCCAUGAAGCUGUUAUCUUAAAACUAACUGGUGAAACAAGGAUUAAUACAUUUGAUAAGAUGGAUGACAUUGACGCCAUGUUCAGUGACCUGCUGGGGGAGAUGGACCUCCUCACUCAGAGUCUCGGUGAGGAAACAGUACCUCCUGCGUCCCUCCCCAGCAUCGACAAGGAAGUCAACUACUCCAUUGGCUAUAAUGACCUGAAUGAGUCCCUCCAUGAACUGGAAGACACCGAUUUGGAUGCGCUCAUGGCUGAUUUGAUGGCUGACCUAAAUGCGACGGAAGAGAAACUUACAGCAGAGAUGAAAGGUCGGAAGGACCCAUCACCGCCCCAGUCAGGUUUACCACCACCGCCUAUGGGCCUGAGCACCAGCCACGCCUCCUCCCUCAUUUCCCCAACAUCACCAGCGAGCAGCACCAGCAGCAAUGUUAGCACCCCGGCCUCCUCCUCCACCUCCCCUUUACCACCUCCGCCUCUUCAGACUGUAAAGCCUACAAGGGAGGAAAUCGAGGCGCAGAUGAAAGCAGACAAAAUCAAACUUGCUCUUGAGAAGCUCAAGGAAGCUAAAGUGAAAAAGUUGGUGGUGAAGGUGCUGAUGAAUGACGGCAGCGCCAAGACUCUGAUGGUCGACGAGAGGCAAAAUGUCAGGGAAGUUCUGGACAACCUGUUUGAGAAAACUCAUUGUGACUGCAAUGUGGACUGGAGCCUGUGUGAGACCAACCCUGAACUGCAACUUGAACGUACGUUUGAAGACCACGAGAACCUUGUGGAGCCUCUCUUAGCAUGGACAAGAGACAGCGAGAACAAAGUCCUCUUUCAGGAGCGAGGGGAAAAAUACGAGGUUUUCAAAAACCCACAGAACUUUUAUCUAUGGAAGAAGGAUAAGAAAGAUCUCAAAGACAUAAAAGAGAAAGACAAGGAGUUAUUAAUACAGGAGAACUUCGGCGGGACUUCUAUCAUCGUGCCUGAUCUUGAAGGGGUGAUGCACCUCAAAGAAGACGGGAAGAAGUCCUGGAAACCGCGGCUCUUCCAUUUGAGGGCCUCUGGAAUUUAUUAUGUGCCCAAAGGGAAAACCAAGUCAUCCCGUGACCUUGUCUGCUUUGUCCAGUUUGACAACGUAAAUGUCUACUAUGGCAAAGACUUUAAGGGCAAAUACAAAGCCCCAACUGACUUCUGCUUUUUUCUGAAGCAUCCUCAGAUCCAAAGAGAGUCUCAGUACAUCAAGUACCUCUGCUGCGAUGAUGAUUCUUCAAUGAACCUUUGGGUAACCGGAAUACGGAUUGCAAAGUACGGUUCGUCGCUGUAUGAAAACUAUAAAACCGCACAGAAAAGGGCUGCCGUCAGCUCUGUGUGGACGCAGUACAGCACUCCAUCGAGCUCCAAUCCAUCAACACCCUCACCCACCAUCAAAGCCAAAUCACCAAGCCAUGCCAAUGGUCAUGCUUCCAGGCCAGAACCAGGACCUGUUACCAAGGACUUUGGAAAUGUCCCACCUCCACCCCCACCCCCACCAUUGGCCAAUUUCCUUCCCCCACCACCUCCAGAACCAUUCCUCCCUCCUCCACCACCUCCUUUGGCUGUAAAGAGUUCCCCAAAACCUGCCCCGCCCCAGCGACACCUGCCAACCAACUUCCCGCCUCCUCCACCUGCAAUGGACAACCUCCCUCCUCCACCGCCGGCCCCACCCAAUGACGAUGCCCCGGAGGCCCCGCCAGACUUCCUUCCACCUCCUCCUCCAGCCACUGGCUUUGGUGCAAUGCUGCCUCCUCCGCCGCCAUUGAACUCCCUACCACUACCGCCUCCCCCAGUGAGUUUCAGGAGUGCGGACCAGUCUCUGCCUCCUCCACCACCAGAUCGAGGGUUUUUAUCUCCGCCUCCACCUCAGCCAAUCUUCACAGGGGCUGGAGCACCCCCUCCACCUCCACCACCUCCACCUGCUGCUGCCCGACAAGCACCGGUGCGGCCUUCUGGCUCAGUAAGGAAGCGACCUCCUGCUCCGCCAAAGAGGACUACGCCAUCGCUGCAAGGAGAAGCAGGAGGAGGAGGAGGUGGAGACUUCAUGUCAGAACUGAUGCUGGCCAUGAACAAGAAGCGUGAUCAUUAGCCAGAGUAAGAAAACGGUACAAACUGCGCCCGCACAACGUCUAACUUAACCCGUACACAGCCUCGCUUGACUUCAGCAAAACAGAUACUCUUUACAUCUCCAACAUGAAGCCAGUGGAGAACAAUACAGACUUCAUCUCUUCCAGAAAACAGAUGGCAAAAGCUUAUCCAAGACAUAAUCAGAUGGAUCAGCCCCACGUGAAGAUUAUAAGACAGCAGUGUUUGUUUGACCGGCUCUCAAGAGUUUCAGCAGUUUGGUCGAAUUUUGCGUAUUCUUGCCCUUUGACUGAGUGAGUGACAUCACACAGGAGUAAAUGCAAUACACAAUAUAAAGAAUAAAUUAGAAUACAAUAAAUAUGCCAAACUACCAUUACUAAUAUAUAAACAUUAGAGAUUGUAUGGACUCAGUAUAGAGGUGAAAUACUGCCCCCUAUUACUUUGGAGCAGGUGGUUUGGAAGUACACAUUGAUAUAAGACCUGUUUGACAACUUGCUGAAAGAAGACAUGAUGAUCUGUUGUAACAAAUGUUGUUUUUUUUAAUGACAUAAAAGAUCUAUUGCUUUAAGUACACGUCAAAUAAACAGUUUUAUAGAAUUGUAUAUAUAUAUUGUCAUGUUUGCAUGGAGGGCUGUAAAUACCAUAAAAAAACACAUUUCCAAUAUUCAUAAAACUGUAUUAGUUUUUAGCUAAAUAAAACCUGGCAUAAGAACUGCAUGAACAUCAUUUCUUAUUGGAAUGAAUUAUUGUGUUUUCUUCCUGUCAUUGUGUACAACUUGCUAAAAAACUAAAAGGUAAAAAGGACUGGACCUAGUCUCCUUUUUUUUUAGCUUUGGUGUGUGGAUGCUGUAUUGGAAUAGUCAUACUGUAUACUAUGUGAACCUAGAUCGUUAAAAAAAAAAACAGGACAGCGUCAACUGUAGAAUCUUUGAAUUUAUUUGUGUGUCAAUAUGUAGUAGAAAGAACAUUUAACAGCCAUGACCUUGACAUUUUGGAGCAAAUCUUUUCCACCAACAUGAAACAAUUUACUAAAGUAUACGGUAAAAGCUCAAGUGUGCAGUAAUUCUUCUUCACUUUAGUGUGUUUUGCUCUAUCCAAGAAUCUCUCAAGAGGAACAGCUGACCUUUAACCUCUGAGCCCACUGGGGAGGUCUUGCUGCAUAGCCCGCCUCCUCUGCAGUCUCUUGUGUAACAAAGGGAAAUGACAGGAUAUGGUGCAGCAGCUCCACCUAGUGGGGAUAAAAUAAAAGACACCAGGUUACAAUCAAUCACAAAAGUAGUGGGGCAGUGCUUUGACUUUGUAUAGUAAUAUUAAACAAUUGAUGUAAGUUAUAUAUAGGAAUACUGGAGUUACAUUUUAUACUUAAAAUGUCAUAGUAUAGUAUAACAUACAAAAUGUCAUGAUGUAGUAUUACAGGUCAUAAAAAAGUAAUAGUAAAGUAUGCAAUAACAGAUUUCCUAAUAUAGCAUGUCAUUCAAAGUAAUAGUGUUACAUCAAAGUAUUGUAUGCCAUAAAAAUGUCAUAGAAAAUUAUGUCAUAACAACUUUCAUAAUGUCGUAAUAAAGUCCUAAAAAAUGUCAGAAUAUUUUAAAGUAUGCUCAUAAUAUGUAAAGAAAUAAAUAAAAGUCAUUCAAAAGUUUGUCACAAAAAAUGUCGCACUAUAUUAUGCCACAAAAUCAUGGCAUAAAAAUAUUCAAAAUAUACUAUGUCAUGAAAAAGGUCACUAAAAAAGUCCUAGUAAACUUUACAGGUACUUGUAAUUAAUUAGUGGUAUGGACGCUAUAAACAGCCUCGGCCGUGUCUAGUCAUUUUAAUAAAUAUCAUACACACACCUCAGAAAAAUCAUUCAUCUCAGCUUUUCUUAUAGCAGACUCUGCCAUCCAGUUCCUCAGCACAUAUCUAGGAUUAACAUCUGUAAGAAAUGUUUUACAAUCAGACAAAGCUGUUCCUGUUUAGAACAUCAGAACAUUAUUGACAUGUGUGUAAGUGAAUUAUUUGUUAUUUUCUGUUUUAAUAAACAAUGCCAUGAGUCACUGUGAAACUUCCAAUUACAACAUAUUUUAUGUUCAAAUAAACAAACAUGUGUAGAUUUA